GGGAGUGAGGGACGCCGCCGGGGUCGCCACGGCCGCGGUGGCCGCCGUCUCCCCCCUGCGGGGGUGGCCGGGGUCCCCGGCUCGGGGGGCGUCGCUGCGGGCGAGGCGUCCAACAUGGUGAAGCCGCUGGGCCGCUGCCCCUGCGCCCCCCCGGCCGCCGCCGCCGCCUGCCGCCCCCCGGUGCCGCUGCUGCCGCCGCCCCGCCUGCCGUCGCCCGUCCACCGCCAGACCGGUCCACGGUGAGGGAAAGAUGAGCGAGGAGACGGCGACUUCUGACCACGAUAAUAGUUACGCGCGAGUGCGAGCCGUGGUGAUGACCCGAGAUGACUCAAGUGGCGGGUGGCUUCCGCUCGGAGGGAGUGGACUGAGCAGCGUCACCGUCUUCAGAGCCCCUGGCCCGGAGGAGAACGGCUGCGCCGACCUCUUCAUCCGCGGGGAGAGGCUCAGGGACAAGAUGGUGGUUUUGGAAUGCAUGCUUAAAAAAGACCUCGUUUAUAAUAAGGUCACUCCCACAUUUCACCACUGGAAGAUGGAUGACAAGAAGUUCGGCCUUACCUUUCAGAGCCCUGCAGACGCUAGGGCUUUCGAUAGAGGCAUUCGAAGAGCCAUAGAGGACAUUUCUCAAGGGUGCCCACCAUCAAAAAAUGAAACUGAAGGAUCAGAAGAUGACUUACAAGCAACUGAAGAAGACACUUCUAAUUCUCCGGUGAAAGAUCACCUUUUCCCGCAAGAGACAGUUGUUACCAGUGACUCCUACAGAAGCUCCAUCGUGAGACCGUCUCCCCUUGAAGAUCUGAGCGCCAGAAGAGUGUACUUGCAAAGCCAAGCCAGUCAGAUAACAUUUGGCCAACCAGGCCUAGACAUUCAGAGCAGAAGUAUGGAAUAUGCACAACGGCAAAUAUCUAAGGAAUGUGGAAGCCUAAAGUCCCAGAAUAGGGUGCCUUUGAAAUCAAUCAGACACGUCAGCUUUCAAGAUGAGGAUGAGAUUGUCAGAAUAAACCCUCGCGAUAUCCUAAUCCGUCGGUAUGCGGACUACAGGCACCCUGACAUGUGGAAAAGUGACCUGGAGAGAGAGGAUGUGGAUGCCAACAUGCAGUUUUCUAAACCAGACAGUAAAAAACCAGACUAUCUCUACUCUUGUGGCGAUGAGACUAAGUUAAAUUCACUCAAGGACUCUGUGGUAUUCAAGACACAGCCUUCCUCAUUAAAAUUUAAGAAGUCAAAGCGCAGGAAAGAGGAUGGCGAGCGUUCUCGCUGCGUCUACUGCCAGGAAAGGUUCAACCAUGAGGAGAACGGCAGGGGCGCGUGUCUGGACGCCCCGGACCCCGUGAAGAGGUGCAUCUACCAAGUCAGCUGCAUGCUCUGCGCAGAGAGCAUGCUCUACCACUGCAUGUCGGACUCGGAGGGCGACUUCUCCGACCCCUGCUCCUGUGACACCAGCGACGACAAGUUCUGCUUGCGGUGGCUGGCCCUGGUGGCGCUGUCGUUCCUCGUCCCGUGCAUGUGCUGCUAUGUCCCCCUGAGAACGUGCCAUCGCUGUGGCGAGGCCAGCGGCUGCUGCGGCGGGAAGCACAAGGCCGCCGGGUGAGGCGCGCGCCGGGGCCGGGCUGAGCUUCACCUCUUUGUUUCCAGGAAUUGGCUUGCUUGGAUUUGCGGGAGCUUCCGGCAAGCAAGCGCCGUGCAGACUGGCCUGGUGUCCUCGGGUCACUCACGGAGGAAGCGGAGCUUGUCGGUGCUCGCCCCCGCGAGCGCCCGCCACGCCUGACUUCUCCCUCGGGCGCGUGGCUUGUGUCGUCACAGGCGGAGGGUGUUUGCCGAAGGAGAACAUUUCUGGUCAUUGCCUACUAAACGGUCAGCAUACAAUAGGAUCCAACUAAAAGGGAUUGCUUUUUGGCAUUUUUGUAUAUUUAUGCAUUAGGUGACAGGACUUCUUAAGGUUUGAACUCGGUAGGACGCAAACUAAACAGUGCACUAGGGACAGUGGAUUUCAAUCUGAGAAAAGUUAACACGUGGGAAUUACAAAAAGUAAACAAGUGCAACUAAAUCCUUUGUUAGUUGUUUUUUGAGAGCAGUUUUAUGUAUAAAUAACAAAUGUUUAUAUUUAACUAAAUGUAAGGUACGAAUUAUUACAUAUUAAACCUUUCUUGCCCUUCCUAGUUCUGGAGUAGAUAGAGAUCUACUGUUACAUUCCAUAUAUUUUAAAUAUUUAGCUCAUUUAGUUAAUAACACUUUUAUUCCAUGUGAAGGAUCGGAUAUUUCCAUCAUUUCUCUUUGGCUACAAUUUCUAUUGAGUUAUAUCUGUACGUUCUGGUAAUCUGAAAUCCUUAAAAAUAGUCUAAUUGCCUUGAGUGACCAACUUUUUUCUUUUAAAGCACAGAUAUAAUCGCCUAAUGUUCUGAUGGGACGUAACACUUAUUUUUAUAUAAAGAGACUGAAUAAACAUAGAAACAGGUGAGGUUCUGGGAUUUGGUUUUGGUUUUAGUUGUCUGGGUUUUGAGUUUGGUUUUGGUUUGUGGUAUUCAACCAGCAAGUUGUUUUCUCAGCUUCCUCCUUCGGGAGGUGCCGCUGCGUUUACACGUGUUAGGCAAGGUGAUGCGGUGACCGCCCCACGGCCCGCACCGGGCUGCUCCGCACACAUCCCGUCCUCACGGCUUACUGUAAGAAGUGUUCUCAGUGAUAUACGUUACAUUUUAUUUUUACUCAAACUGUCCAAAAGCAAGUUUAAUCUGCGUUAAAAUGUGUGCUAAACUAUCCCAGGAAAGUAUUUAACCCAGCAUUGUAAGUGGAAUCACCUGUACGUAUAAAUUUCUUUGACAGCAUUUGUGUUACUGGAUAUUUAAUUUGCAGGUAGAUAGAAUACCAUUUCAAGUACCUUGAGGUCGAAUUGCCUGUUGUGUUGUUUGGUUUUUUUCUUUUUCAAACUGUUACAUUAAAACUCUAUCCAAGUCCCAAGUAAGGGAUUCUUUCAGAUAUCGCCUUAGAGAAAGUUGAGAGGUGUGCCUUUUUUUUUUAAUGGCUUAAAGUUUCAGAGGUGAUAAAAAUAAAAAUCACACUACCAAUUGGAAGCUCAUUUUCUAUGCAGCAUUUUAAAUGUCAUUUAGAUACCAUUCAGUGUCCAUACCACACUUAGGCUUGUGUUUGCAUCCUUCUUUUGCCCUGAUCAAGAAGAACAAUGUAUAUAACACUAUCUGUCUGUAAAAUACUUUUUUUUUAAAGAAAGCGUUUAUAUUUAUAUGACAGCUUGAACUGACAACAUUGUGUAUAUAGAUCAUCUUGGAGUAUUAUUUCACAUUGAAAAGAAGAAAAAUAUAUUGAUAACUAUAGAUGUUAUGAAGAAGAGGUUAUUUCUAGUUUUGUACUAAAAAUCAAUUGGAUGAACUAAAUCCCAAACAGGACACACUGUAGCAGCAGUUUUAUGUCUUAUUUUUACUGUUUAUAUAUUUGAACGCUGCUACACCCAAGUGAAGUUUUCAACUAAACUUGGUGUCCUAGAAUAGACUGUAAACUUUGAAAAAUUCCUCUUCAUUGGUGAGACAGAAAUCCUGGUUUUCCUUACAAAUGAAUAUCCGCAGCUGCAAGCGGAGGUUUCGGAUCCAGAUUUGAACAAGGUGUGAAUCACUGAUGAGGAAAGCUGGCAGGUGGCGGGGGAGGUGGGCACGGACCUGCGCAGACACUUUGAGGAGAACAAAGCUAAUCGUUUCUUCUGUCAAGCACUAAUCAGUAUAGUGCACUCCCGGUUCUGUACUGUACUUUAUAUGCAACAUAUAUGCUUUAAUAUUUUAAUGUUUGUGCAUUAAUAUUUUCGAUUUGUUUAACCACUGUGCUGCUAAGAUUUCUGCUGUCCCAUUCCCAUUCUUUCCCUUUACAAUUUAAAACGAGUUUCUUCAUUAAAAACUAUGGUGAUGAAAGUUGUUUUUAUUUCACCUUGGAUCUUGAUCAUUAACAUACCUACCCGAUUUUCACAUCAGCCUAGAAAACUAACUGAUGACAUAACGUUCUAUGAAUCUGCCCAUGGAACUUUUCUCCUGAGUAAAUGAGGAUUCCUAAGGGAAAACACAUGGAAAGCCGAAAUCUCUGCGUCUCGAACGUGUGUCUACUCCAUUCAGGAACAUUUUCUCCUUUGUACAGAUUUGGCACUGCCAUUCGGCAUUUCCUCCAAGACUUUUUCUCUUCCUUUCUGAACACUUGUAAACAAAAGGAUGGAAGAAGAAAGCAGGGAGCGUACAAGUGGAUGUGGAGAAGGAAGUCAUCUGAAGGACAAGACCCACAAGAGUUUGCUGGAGGGCUUUCCCUGGCUUUCCCCGGGGCACCACUCCACCCGGGGAGGAAACGCCCGCGAGGCCCCAGCGCCACCUACUGGCCUGGCUGGUGAGGGGCGGGAGGUGGCCUGGGACCCGCUGGCCUCGCCGGGGCCCCUCCGCCCAGAGAAGCUCAAAGCAAAUGCAAAACCACGCGCUCCUCCUAGGCGCCUAGUCGGUGGCUGAAAAAGAUUUUAAGCACUUUUUUUUCUUACAUAUCCUGUUGCAAAACAUUUAUUGAUACUUGGAACUGGCAAUCAAACCUCAUGAGUGUAUUGAGACAUUUUUUUUUAAUAGAGCAAAAGCCAUUACCAAAAUGGUAUACUUACUUUUCCUCCCGUUGCCAGUCAGGGAGAUUUUAAAAAAUAAACACACAGACACUCGUGUCUUAGCAUGCAAACAUUGCAGUUGUGUGUGUUUCUGAGAUGGUGGGAUAGGACUUGAGACUUCAAGGGGAAAACUUGAAACUACCUAUUUUCAUUGGUUGUUAAGCAGUGCCUAAAAUGAGCUUUUAAAGUAAUGCAAAUGCACUUUGGGUUAUGUACUCAGUGCCAUCUUGGGUAAGUCUUGCGUUUUCUUCCUCUCUCCCUCAUGUGAUACGGAGACAUCGGAGUCUCCAGAGUGCAGGACAAGACCAUGGGAGUAGUUCUAAGGAUGGGGUUUUCUUGUUGAAAUUUAGGUUUUCUGAUUACACUUGGAGUGUGUAACUUGAAAGAUGGAGUGUGUAACUUAAUAUUGAGUUUUUUAAUUGUUGCAAAGGUAUGUCCUGCACCUGAUGAACGUUUUCUACGUAAAAAAUUGUGGAAAUUUUAGUUGCCUGAAAAGAACGGAUUCUUAUUUCUUCUAAAUAUAAGGGAAAACACUAGAAAUUUGCAUUCUUGCUGUACUUUAAAAGUCUGUAAAUCACCAGAAGGUGAUUUUUGUGGUGAAUCAUUUUUAAAGUUUUUUUUUUUAAAGAAACACUAUGGGAAGUGAUUUAUAUCAACCAAAAGGGGAAAAAAAAAGCUUUAACAUACUGUUCGCCUAGCAGCCAGGUGGUUAUAAAAACUCGCGUAUGCUUUGGUA